AUUUAUUUGUUCACCAUUAUAUGUAAACCAUGAAAGGCUCGACAAGAGGCAACCGCAUAUUCUCCGAAGAGAACAGCACUCGUGGCCAAAAGUUUGACAGGUUAAAGAACUCCCCGGAACACGAAGAAUCGGGGUUUACGACCCCCCAGAGCUACGAGCCAGACCCGAUGGUGGCGGAGGACGCCGCUUUGUCUCCUUUCAAUAAGUCUCCAUGGUCUGCCCAUAUGAACAACAACGACAAUAAUAAUAAUGCUUCAGAAACAGCCAACGACAACUUCUCCCCCAACGUUCUCAUGGGUGCGUUGGUUCGUGAAGAAGGACACAUAUACUCAUUGGCCGCCUCUGGAGACUUGUUGUACACGGGUUCGGAUAGCAAGAACAUUCGGAUUUGGAAGAAGCACAACGAGUAUUCAGGGUUCAAAUCGAAUAGCGGAUUGGUUAAAGCGAUAAUCAUAGCGAAGGAGAAGAUCUUCACCGGUCAUCAAGACGGGAAAAUUAGGGUGUGGAAGGUGUCCACCAAGAACGCAACUCACAAGCGAAUAGGAACUUUACCUACGUUGAAGAAUUACAUAAAGUGUUCCAUGAAGCCGAGUAAUUACGUUGAAGUGAGAGGCAAGAGCAAAGUCCUAUGGAUCAAACACUUUGAUUCCAUCUCAUGCUUGAGCUUGAGCGAAGAUCAUACGUUACUAUACUCCGCGUCGUGGGACAAAACGUUUAAGGUUUGGAGGGUUUCCGAUUUCAAGUGCUUGGAGUCGAUUAGCGCUCACGAUGACGCCGUCAAUGCGUUGGUUGUUGGAUUUGAUGGGUUGGUCUUCACCGGUUCUGCCGACGGAACUGUUAAAAUUUGGCGGAAAGAGUUACAAGGAAAAGGUACUAAGCACUUCUUCUCACAAACGCUUUUAAAGCAGGAAUGCGCGGUCACAGCCUUAGCUGUGAACCCGGAUGCCACAAUCAUUUAUUGUGGCUCGUCCGAUGGACUAGUCAACUUUUGGGAACGGGAGAAGAACCUCCAACACGGCGGUGUUUUGAGAGGCCACAAGCUGGCGGUUCUGUGCUUGGCCACGGCUGGGUGCUUAGUAUUCAGUGGCUCCGCCGACAUGGGGAUUUGCGUGUGGAGAUUAGGCCCUGACGGGGAGCACAUUUGCUUGUCGGUGCUGACAGGGCACACGGGGCCGGUGAAGUGCUUGGCUGUGGAGAGAGAUCACGAUCAGUCGACGUCUGGAGAGACGAGGUGGAUCGUUUAUAGUGGGAGUUUGGAUAAGUCGGUGAAGAUGUGGAGGAUUUCGGAGCAAGCGCAGCCUAUGGUGCCGAACCAGAAGCACCAGCACUACACCUCCGAUGGGUAUUGUGUGCCAAUGUUGAGCUCGGCGCCUAGCUUUGCUUCUCGUGGAGGGAAAAAGGGUUCAAGAAGAUUCUAGGUUUUGAUAUGAUUAUAAUCAAUAUAUGAUUGUGCUGUGUGAUUAAUAGUUGUGAAUUUAUGCAUGCAUGCAUGCAUGUUUAUAUCAGUUUUUCUUGAUCCAAAUAUUGUUCAUGCAUAAGAUUGAACCCAGUGGAUUUUGAAUCAUGUCAUUGGUAAAGCUAAAGUUUUGGACAUGUGGAUUGUGGAAUACCAAAUAUUCACCACAAAUUACAUACA